AGCGAUUGGCUUGCAGGGAGGAGAGACAAGAGCUGGUCGUGGUGCAUGUCGGGAACAGAUUUUGUAGCAUAGAAACCCCGAAAAAUAAACAACGGUGGGUCGGCCUGUUGGCCGUGCUUGUUCGGUGUCGGUGGCAUGUGUAGCGCCCGGACUCCCUUGGCGGCUGACUGCAGCAACGGCGAUUGUGGUUAUGAUCAGCAGCUUUGUCGCCUUCAGGUGCAGCUUAGGGACAGUGAAGCAAAGAGGAUGGAGUUGGAAAGAAAAAUGCUGGAAUACAGUAAAUCUGAUACUUGCAGAACUAAAUACACGAAGCUUAAAAAGUACUUAAAAGAAAUAUGUGAGCGUCAGAAGAAAUCUCUGCUCCGAAACCAAAAUUUGUUGAAGGAAUUCGAUUUCAUUGAAGCGCAUAUUCGGAAGCUUGGUUCAAGUUCAGAGUCCCUUCAGAAGCUGAAGGCAGAAUAUGAACAAGAAAUUGAAAGCAGGCUGACAUUUCAGAAAAAUAGUACAUUAAAAGGUGAUGAGAAAUAUUAUGUUAAACAGCAGAUGGUGCCAGAAGCAAGACAGGCAGGAAUUAACACCAGGACAGCCAUGUCAAGAGGACUGUAUCGCACAGCAACAAUCUUUAUGGGCCGCCAAAUGUCAGCUGUCUCAAGCGCUGAAGAUUUCAGUGCGCCGCAGAAAUCUUCCCAGCUCACAAAGAGCUUUUCAAUUUCUGACCCACAUUCACAUAGACAGCCAUCACAGAGUAGUUAUGUGACAGACAGCUGUGUAGUACAAACUAAUAGUGAUCUACAGUGCUCAAAUAAGUCUGACAAAAUAGAUGGGAAGACAUAUCUGCCGAUGGGUGAAGAAAUGCCAGUCACAUCCCAUGUAUCAUGUGGGAAUGGAAUAACUUGCUGUUUAACAGUAGAAAGCAAGACAAAUAAUUGCAGUAGUAAUUUUGUGGAAAGCAAAAUGUCUCCUGAACUUAACUCCCUGUUACAUGGAAGAUUAAGUCCUGAGAACAGAACUACCGGUUUUCAAAGUGACAGUUUCUGCAGAUCCGUGGAGAAAAUACUGUCACACGAGCACUCUGUACUAAAUGAACAGAGAUCUAAACGGCCAAUCUCACUGAUGUUUUGCCCUGAGCAGCUUGUUUCUGGCAAUGAGCACUCAAGAGAAAAAAUCCCAGGGAGCAGAGAGCAUCUGGAGAACUCUGAAAGUGAGCUGAAAGAACCAAGGAAGCUUGUUCCAGUUCAGGAAGAUGGCCUGCAGCUAGACAGAGAUACACAAGAGAAGGAGGAAGAUGAAAGUUUUGAUGAAAGCAGUGACCUUACUGUUUCUUUGAGUGAGGAGGAUGAAGAAAUGGAUCCAUUAAAGCUACAGCAAAGUGUCCAGGAUAUAGACGACAAGAGGGACUUAACAUCAGGAAGUCCUUCCAAUAGGAAGGACAAGGAAGUCCUUCCUAAAGAAGAACAUCAGUGUUCAGAAACAAUAUGUCAUAUCUCAAAUGAAGGUUCAUCUGCUAGUCUUGCAAUAAGAGAAUGCUUGUCAUUUGAAGGAUUAUCUCAUGUGCUGACAUUCAUAGAAGAGUUGGUGACCAGUGAAACAACUGAAUGUUUGACAUUAUACCAGAGCAAAGCUGUGAGUGCAGCAGAACUGGAAACCGUUAUAAGCCUCUGUAAUCAAACUGGCAGAUUAGAACAAGAAUACCUUGAGGUAUGUGAAGCACUUGUCCUUCAUCAGCUUCAGAGAUUAUUGCACAGUGCAUUGAAUGGAUGCUUUCUACCAGAGAAAAUGCUUAAUGACAAAAGUGGAACACUCAAUGAAAAGCAAAUCAGAUCUGGAUUGCCACCUUACUUUGCUAUGAUAUGGGAACGUUUUAGCAAGCAUGCCUUAUUUUUGCAAAAGCACCAUGUUUUACUUGGACAAGAAGCAGAAGAUCUGUUUGGUACCUUAGUGGUUUUGGAGAGACAUGAACAAGGAGGCCUGGCGUUAUUGAAAGAGAGCUUUCCAGAAAAAUAUGAAGACAGGUCACUUGCUUGUAGCAACAAAACAUCUUGUAAUUUGCAAUCAGACAAUAGCAAAAUAAAGCAAGAGAAAUAUGCACAAUGGCUUGGCAAUAAUAGUGCAAAGGAACAAGAAGUCACAAGCUGGUGUGAAGAUGAGAGCAAGGAAGAAAGCCUGGUGGAAAAGAUUCCUAUUACAGGUUUGAAUGUUGAUGGCAGUGAUUUAAAAGAACAGAAAACCAAUGGAACCAGUUCAGAAGCUAGCUGUUCGUCUCUGGAAAGAAGAAGCCCUUUGUCAAGGGAGGCAAACCAGAUGGCAAUGGUAACUACAACAACAAAAUCCAAAGCCUUCUGGGGUGAUUCUGAUGACAGCAACUCCGAUAUUGAAGCAGCUUUGCGUCCUCAAGUGCAUAGCUCACAUGAAGAUGAAUUUGAUGACUUCUAUGAGGUCAAGGUUACACAUACGUACACAAUGCAAAAUGCCUACAUUUCCUAAGGAAACGCAGCUUCAGGAUGGGGCAUUUUGGAGAAGAGGAGCCACUAGUGUGUAUAUGUAUACCUCACUGGUCACUCAUAAAGCAAACUGAAGGCAGGCGUAUAAUUAAGUGUAUCCUCUCCUCUGCUUCUUUUCUGCUCCUGAUUGUUCCACUGGAAGAGGCUUUUCUUUUUCUGCAAGGACCACCAGGCUACUGUUACACAUGUUUACAUGUAAGAUGUCAUUUAAUAUUAAUUUAAGUAGAAAUUAGGAUAUGGGGAUAAAUUAUAUUGUUUCAGAAAUCAAACUUGCAUAUAUGGGCCCAGCCUAGUAGUCUAUAAUCCACAACAUUUUAUCUUGUACAAUUGCUUUUGUUGUCAUGCCUUUUCUUUAAUAAACCACAUCCUUGACAACUUAUUUGAAUAAACUCCUAUUUGUGUCAUAUUUUUAAAAUACUU